AUGUCACAAGAGCAGUUGCUAGAGGAUGCUCCUAACCUGAUAAGGGAAACGAGAUCGAAUUUUUCUAUCAGCAACGAUACAGAAUUAUUGGUAAGCAUCGAAACUAACCUCAGUGAAUUACAGAAGCUUGUGCACGAGAACAUCAAUGCAAGAGAACAAGAAGUAGAGCAUCUUGAAAGAACUAUGGGAAAAUCUGAAGGGAAAGUAUCACUUUUGCGUGAAAGGUUUCAGGAGAUUUCCUCGAACUUACAGCAACAUGAGGUACAAGACAGUUUGCUCAAAUUAGCACAAGAGUUGGAAGAGUUGGAACAGAAACUGGUAUCAAUGAGAAGCGAAAUGGACCGAGGUAUGGAAAAAUUGGUAAAGAGCGAUAGUAAUAGAGAACUCGAAGAAACGUUAGAGCAACAAGAACCAGAUUCACGUGCCAAUAUCUUAAAGUUACAACUUUACCGCUCAAUGGGCGUUAUCCUCGAUACAGAUAACAAUCAAGCCUUGGUACGGAAGGGUGACGAUGUAGACGUUCUUCCGCUAAAUGAUGAACUUAGUGAUUUUUUCAAGACCAAAUAUAUAUGGGAUAGAAUAUAA